AUGGGAAACGACAGGAAGGAGAAGAAGAAGAAGAGCAGGAAGAGAAGCUCCUCUUUUUCUUCAUCUGAAGAUGAAGGAAGAAGAAGGAAAAGGCAGAGAAGUGAUGAGGAAGAAGACGAUGAAAGGAGAAAGAAGAAGUCUAAGGAUAAGCACAAAAGUAAACGACACAAAAGGGAUGGCGACUCGAAAUCUGAGGUUCACAAGCUGUCCAAUGACGAUUACUUCUCCAAGAAUAACGAGUUUGCUACGUGGCUAAAAGAGAAGAAGAAAAUGUUUUUCUCUGAACUUUCUUCUGAGUCUGCACGAGAAUUGUUUUCAGUCUUUGUCAAGGACUGGAACGCUCAGAAGCUUGAUUCCCGAUACUAUGAGGGCAUUUCAAGUGGGCCUAGGAGUGCCCAUAACUGGGCAUUGAAGCAUUAG